UACAUAUAUAUAUAUAUAUACACACACAUUUUGUUACUGUUGUCCCCUUCCAUUGAUCAGAACUUCAAAGUUGUAUAGAAGAGAUAAUACUUAAGGGGUUGACAAAAGGAAGUUGUUAAGAUGCCAGGUGCCGGUGGUCAGCCACCGCAGCAAAGGACUACCUUCAGACCACCCUGGGUCAAGGAUGGUGGUCCUAAUCCUUUACCCAUGCCCACAGCACCUUGGACUCUUAAUUCUAGAAGGGACUCCAAGUCGAAGGCUGAAGAACCACCGGCUUUCACCAAAGUUACGUUGAAGAGUGUCUCAAAACCAACGGAAUCGGUACAGCAAUCGACCGAACCUGGUCAACAAGCAACAAGGAAGCAAAGUAAAAUCACUAUAAUACCAUCUCAACCAAAAAGUGACAAAAAUUCUAAUGCCGCUGCUACUGCUGCUGCUACUGCAACGACGACAAAGACAAAGACAACAAGUAGUACACCUCCGUCAUCGAAGCCACGAGAGAAUGGACGACAGGAGCCAAAUUCGAGGCCGCAACUCGAACGACAAGUUCGCAUUGAGAGAUCUCGAUCCCGAGGUGACACUAUACCACUAUCCAAGAGCGAAAGUUCAACUGGUGCACCAACAUUAUCGAAGAGUUCGUCUAGGGCGGCCAUACCACCCCCACCCCCACCAAGGCCACCCCCACCACCACCAAGUCGUUCUAUCCUUAAGGAUAUACCUCCGUUGACUGAAAAUCAAGAAAAACAAUUGGAGAUGUUAAAAUCAAGACCAAGAAAACGUCCUGAUUGGGCCAGCAUGAUGAAGGAGGUUGAAAGUGGUAGACGUUUAAGACAUGUCACCUGUAACGACAGAAGUGCACCCCUGAUCGAGAGGGUUAACAAGGUCACAGCUGAUCCAGCAGGUAAGGCGCACUUCGUAUUCGAGUCAGAAAAGUCAAACAUGCACAAUCAGUUGCUGAAGCAGAUUCAGGAAGGCGUCAAAUUGAAAAGCGUUAAGACCAAUGACAGAUCCAAACCUAUAUUGGAGGGUCUUAGGAAAUUUAGAAGGCAAUUGACGAUAGAGGAACAAAUGCAGAAGGUCGAAGUGGAAGAUGAACCAGAUGAUGUAAUAGAUGACGAUGACAUCGAUGCUGUCAGGGACGAUUUGCAAAGUACUAAGCAAAUGCUAGCCAUCGAGCUUAGAAACAAAGAGGCACUUGAAAGGGAAAACAAAAGAUUGCAGGCAAGAAUUUUGAAUCUUGAAGCAGAGGUAGAACGAUCGAGAUCACAAAAGAACGUUCAGGAGUACAAACAACAGGAUGAAAAGUUGACAGAAUCUUUGAGAGAGGAAGCUCGUACUGCAAGAAAGGAUGCCGAGAGAUUAGAAAAGGAAUAUGCUAGUACAGCGGAGGAAAGGGACAAGUAUAAGAAUGAAUUGGAAGAAAUGAAAAGAAUGUAUGCCAAUUUGGAGAAACGUAUGAAAGCGGGAGAGGGUUGGGUUGAUAACUCGGAUGAUGAUGAUGAUAAUGAUGAUGAUUAUGAUGAUGAUAAUGAUGAUGAUGAUGAUGAUGAUGAUAACGAUACUGAACCAAUUGUGGAAUUAGCCGAGGAUAACACAGAAGAGGCAUGGUACAAUUUUUCAGGAAUGGCGUUGGCUGGAUGUCCAAGUGCGAAAGACGUUGCAAGAAUUGCUUCUCAAAAGAGUAUGGAUAAUAAACAACAGGAUAUGAGUGAAACUGAAGAAGAAGAAGAGGAAGAAGAAGAAAGUACAGAAGAAGAAGAGGAAGAAGAUUCGAAAGCUUCCGCAGAAAAACGUUUGCAGAGAGAAAUCAAAUUGCUUUCUUCCAAAGUGAAGAACUUUAUGGACAAAGCGGUUAAUGCUAGAAAAGAAAGGCACGCAUUAAAAGAACAGAUCAAACAACAACAAAAAUUAUUAAAAGAGGAAAAACGUAAAUUCAAACACUUGCAAAAAGAAGUCGACAAAAUGGCCAAAUUGAUGGCCGAUACAGAAGGAGAUGAUGAUGAAGAAGAAGAAGAAGAAGAAGAAGAAGAGGAAACAGAAUCUGAAGAAUCAGAAUCUGAGGAAUCGGAAGAGGAGGAAGAAUCUGAUAUUGACGAAGUAGGUCAUACUACAGAACAAGAGAAAGAUAUUUUACAGAAACGUGUAAAGAGACACGAAAAUCGAUUGGCCGCGUUAAAGAAAGGUAAUUAUCUUUUAAAAGCUCAAGUCGACAGAUUAAAAGACGAUUUGGCUAAACAACGAGAAGAAAGUAUUACGUUGCAAGAAGAUUUGGACUCCGUUUUGGCGGAAUUAGGUUAAGUUAUAAUAUAAGUCAAAUAAUUAACUCUUUGACUGCAUUGCGCACUAGCCUGAAACCAUGGGGGGUAUUGUAGGACGCAGCAUUUGCAUGACCUACUGCGAGAGCGUGUAUAUAUGACUGGUAAUAGCGUGUAUAUACGCCUUUCGCAUUCAAAGGGUUAAUAAGUACAAAAUGAUUGUAUACAUUAAACAUAUAGGCAUUAUACAUAUUGAAAUAUAGUGAAUCUUAUGAAUGAUAAAAAAAAAAAACAUUUUCGUGAUAAUACGCAUAAUCAUAUAUCUACGUUUGAUAUUAAUCGAUUUUGAUUAUAACAUUUAUUUUGUAGUAUAAGAGAUAUAUAAACAUCUUGAUAGACCAUAAAUUUUAUUUUAUAAAUAACGUUGCAAUAUAUCGAAUGUAACAAUCUUCUUAGAUUAGGAUUUUGAUCGGGGUUAAAAAGAAAAAAGGAAAAGUAAAAGAAAAUUUAAUC